UUCCUACUUCCGGAAUCGAAAUCGAAAGUCAGAAGUGCGCGGUUAGAAAGAGAGAAGAAAGCGGAGUGAAGAAGAUCUCGAGUACUGAUGGUGGUGUUGUGUCUCCUCAGCCAUGCAGUCCUGCAGCGUUCACCACUGUGUCCUGCUCUUACUCACCCUCACAUUCACCACUGCUCCUGUAGCAGCUGGUGACUGUCCUACACUGGUGAAGCUUCAUCAGCCUGUGACUCUCCCAUGUGCACAUGAUUGUUCUGGUGAGGCCAAAUGGACCAUGCAACGUAAUCGAGAUGUUGUCUUCGCUCAGUGUGAUCAGACAUCAUGCAGCUCAGUGGUGAAGGGAUAUGAAAUGUCUCAUGAUCAGUACCUGAAGGGAGAUCUCUCUCUCACCAUCACUGCAGCUGAAUACAGUAUGAGGAACACGUACGCGUGUGAGUGUGGCGGCCUAGACUACUCUAUAGUGCGCCUCAGCAUUGAGACCGUGUUCUCAGCAGUUCAGAAGAACCCUGGUGAAGAUCUGAUCCUGGAUCUGACCGUACCAGAGCCAGUGGAGGUGAUUUAUACAAGCAGUGAUUCAGCUGAUGGUGAACGGAUCUGUAACGUGACUCAACGCUCACUACAGUGUAAAGCUGAAUACACACACAGAACAUCACUCAGAUACCCAGAGCUCACACUGAGAGACGUGACGCACAGUGAUCGUGGACUUUACACCAUCCGGGACACGGAGAAUAAUGAAGACAUCCGUGUGUACGCCGUCUCUGUGACAGCCGUGGUCUCAGCAGUUCAGAAGAACCCUGGUGAAGAUCUGAUCCUGGAUCUGUCCGUACCAGAGCCAGUGGAGGUGAUUUAUACAAGCAGUGAUUCAGCUGAUGGUGAACGGAUCUGUAACGUGACUCAACACUCACUACAGUGUAAAGCUGAAUACACACACAGAACAUCACUCAGAUACCCAGAGCUCACACUGAGAGACGUGACGCACAGUGAUCGUGGACGUUACACCAUCCGGGACACGGAGAAUAAUGAAGACAUCCGUGUGUACUCCGUCUCUGUGACAGCCGUGUUCUCAGCAGUUCAGAAGAACCCUGGUGAAGAUCUGAUCCUGGAUCUGUCCGUACCAGAGCCAGUGCAGGUGAUUUAUACAAGCAGUGAUUCAGCUGAUGGUGAACAGAUCUGUAACGUGACUCAACACUCACUACAGUGUAAAGCUGAAUACACACACAGAACAUCACUCAGAUACCCAGAGCUCACACUGAGAGACGUGACGCACAGUGAUAGUGGACGUUACACCAUCCGGGACACGGAGAAUAAUGAAGACAUCCGUGUGUACGCCGUCUCUGUGACAGCCGUGUUCUCAGCAGUUCAGGUGAAGCAUGAUGGAGAUCUGAUCCUGGAUCUGACCGUACCAGAGCCAGUGGAGGUGAUUUAUACAAGCAGUGAUUCAGCUGAUGGUGAACGGAUCUGUAACGUGACUCAACGCUCACUACAGUGUAAAGCUGAAUACACACUCAGAACAUCACUCAGAUACCCAGAGCUCACACUGAGAGGCGUGACGCACGGUGAUAGUGGACUUUACACCAUCCGGGACACGGAGAAUAAAGAAGACAUCCGUGUGUACGCCGUCGCUGUGACAGCCGUGUUCUCAGCAGUUCAGGUGAAGCAUGAUGGAGAUCUGAUCCUGGAUCUGACCGUACCAGAGCCAGUGGAGGUGAUUUAUACAAGCAGUGAUUCAGCUGAUGGUGAACGGAUCUGUAACGUGACUCAACACUCACUACAGUGUAAAGCUGAAUACACACACAGAACAUCACUCAGAUACCCAGAGCUCACACUGAGAGACGUGACGCACAGUGAUAGUGGACUUUACACCAUCCGGGACACGGAGAAUAAAGAAGACAUCCGUGUGUACUCCGUCUCUGUGACAGCCGUGUUCUCAGCAGUUCAGAAGAACCCUGGUGAAGAUCUGAUCCUGGAUCUGACCGUACCAGAGCCAGUGGAGGUGAUUUAUACAAGCAGUGAUUCAGCUGAUGGUGAACGGAUCUGUAACGUGACUCAACGCUCACUACAGUGUAAAGCUGAAUACACACUCAGAACAUCACUCAGAUACCCAGAGCUCACACUGAGAGACGUGACGCACAGUGAUAGUGGACGUUACACCAUCCGGGACACGGAGAAUAAAGAAGACAUCCGUGUGUACUCCGUCGCUGUGAUAGAUGAUCAGAGUGGAUUUCCAGUGUGGGGGAUUAUAGUGAUGGUGCUGAUUCUGCUGGCGGUGUUCACUGGAGUGUUCAUAUACCUAAAGAUGGCGCCUCAUCAGGAGUUCUUAAAGUUGAGCAGGCAGCUGCAGUGUGUGGACAAGCUUGUAAAGCAGUCUCUACCCAGGGAAGAUCAGAGCAAUAAACAGUUCAUCAUGACCGGAGCAGCGCUGCAGAAGGCGGAGAAGGAGAUCGAUAAGCUGCAGCAGCAGUACACACACAGCAGUAAAUAUUCAGAACAGGUCUCAUUGUUCUGCCAGGCGAAGAGGUCCGAGCUCAACAAGUACCGAGUACAGUACCGCAGUGAUGAAGGACCUCUACUGACUGAGAGAGACGGGAUAAUCGGGAAGAUGGAGGAGGUGAUGAACAGCUUACAGCAGCUCAGAGGCGGAGCACGGCGAGAGCAGCAGGUCACGAGCUCCAGCAGCACAGCGAUGGACGAGAUGGAGAUCCGGGUGGAGAAACAUCUGGAGGAGGUCGAAAAGUGGUGUGGAGAGAGGAGGGUGGAGCUAAAUGACCUCAUACAGCAGCACAGAGGUGGAGCUGCGCGAGACCUUCGGCUGGUGGAAAUAAAAUCUUAGUGAUUUUACACGUGAAGAAGAAACGUGUUUAUUAUUAGUAGUAACUUCAUCAUUAAAACAUAACUCUAACAGUUCUAGGCAGUGAACCCUGACCAGUGUUGAUCAGUGAGACUCUCACGCUGCAGCUGCUUCAUACACAGCGAGUGCACUUACUUACGAUAUUCUAAUGAAAACGUUUAUCACGCCGCAUUCACGUACACUUCACGUCCAAACACGGCGCUGUAGCUGCUAGGACGUGCUGCUCGAGUUAACACUCCAGUUCUCCACACUAACAUGUUGGAUGAGCCAAUCAGCUCGUGAUUCUGUAAUGAUUGACAGCUGCGUGUGCUUCGAAUCCCGACAUCAUCAUCUCACACGCUCUCACACACACACACACACUACAUGUAGCAAACGUACCAUAUUAUAUUACCAUAUUAUUAAAAACAGAAAGUGAGUGAGUUUUUAUCCUGAAAAUAUUAAGACACUGUAUAUUAUUUUACUGUUAAUGAUGUUUACGGUAAAUCUGCUGCUUUGUUUUGUUCUCCUGUGCUGGUUAAAGAUCAGACGUGUGAUCAGGAUUAGUGCAGUGCGCUAUACUGUUAGUGUUUAUAUUGUAUAUAAAACUCAUAUCAGUAUCUGAUCUGAUCUGAAGUGCUGACUACACACACACACACACACACACACACACACACACACACACACACACACACACACACGCACACACACACACACACACACACUACAGCGGUGGUCAAGUCUGCAUUUCCUCUCUCCUGAUUGCGUAAUUCAUUUCUCUGUUCACGUCUUUCAGAAAGUCACAGAAAGUGGAAUCUGUUGUUCUUUUGCUGUUUGAGUAAUAAGACGCUACGCUAACACCCGCUACGCCGUCUGAGCUGUUUACCUGAUGUUGUUUACCUCCUGCUUCUAAACCCAUCAAGGAUUCAGCCUCAUCGUGGAUUUGUGGUUUAAAAUAAAAUAGGUUCUGGUGUGAAUAGUCGCUUAUUUUCACGAUGUUUGACAUUUUGUGACGCGGUUUACGUUCUCGUUCACGCUACCGUUUGUGUGUUUCGUGUUUAAGAAGAUGUACAUUUACCAAACUGCUUGUUGGGGUCUUUUGCUUGUGACCUGAUGGUCAGAGGUGUGUGUUUAAAAUGUGGUGAAUAAAUACAAUUUGAUUAGA